AUGGGUAAAUGCGAGAGCGCAAACGGUGAUCAUCAAACGUGUGCUGCUGAAGAGAUGCGAGAUAACAAAGAAUUUCGAACCAAAAGCGGACGCUUUAAAGCUCGCAAAUACGCAAAUCGUCGAGCGUUUCAAGAUCGUCGAAAGCCGUGGACAACUACAAAUGGUGCUGCCAGUUCUGACGCGACGGGAGACACUUUCCGUUUUGAUAUUCCUGCAGACGAUCCAACUUUUAGCAUCUCCAGUGAAUCUAACACUAGUCGUGCAGAGUUGAAGAAUUGUACUAUUUCGGGAGAAGAACCAGCUUCUUGGUUUUACGGCUGUUCCAUUUGGACUGAAAAUCAACUCAAGAACAGCAUAGAUGAAUUGUUGGGGAGUCACGAAAUGGAUUCAAUUCACCCGAAAACUAUUUUAGGAGCGUCGGAGAGUUCACGCAAUUGGUCCAAACUACCUUUGUGCUUCUACAAUGUAGCAGUCUUGUAUGCUUCCAUGACUGGCAACAUUGUAAUGCUGCAAUUUUUUCUUCAACGAGGGGCUAGCCCGAAAGCGACCGAUUCAGAGGAACGAACAGUUCUACAUUAUGCAGCCAGUUCAUCUGCUGUCACGGCAGCAGACUGCAUUACAUUGCUGAGGGAAUACGGCGCAGAAAUUAAUGCAUGGGAUAAACUUGGACUAGCUACACCCCUGAUCUGCGCCGCGGCUUCUGGAAAUGCUGGAGCAGUUAAAGUUCUUCUCUGUGCUGGAGCUGAAGUCAACGCCGGUCUGGCCGAUCCCAAAUAUCCCGACAGUUCGACACCACUUAUAUGGGCAGUUCGCGCACGUAGCGUAACCUGUGCUACUUAUUUGAUUGAAGCUGGCGCUGCUGUCAACAGCCCACAGGCGUACAGUGAAGCACCUAUUCACGUUGCAGCGGCCCAAGGAGACACGGACUUGUUGGAAAUGCUCUUGCAGAACAAAGCAGACAUUCGCGUACUUUUUGGCCGUGAACGAAUGAGUGCCUUGCACUUGGCGGCAGAGGAAGGAAAUGCUGGCUGCAUUCGACUGCUAUUGCAGGCGAAAGCAGAUUGUAAUGCUGUUAAUUUUCGUGGCCAAACUCCUUUACACUUGGCCACGUUAUCACAGUCGGUCGAGUCUGUUGCCGUUCUGUUGGAGGCAGGAGCGAGACACAACAUCUGCGACAAUGAUCAAAAAUCUCCUCUUCAUAGCGCUAUUAUCAAAACCUCGCGUUCCACCGAAAUCGUCCGGCUUCUGAUCGCUUCGGGAGCCGAUAUUAACGGACGUGACAACUUUGGCUGCACACCCCUACAUCUGGCAGCGAUCAACGAGAAUUCUAAAGCUGCAACAGUUUUAGUUCAGUCAGGCGCAGACCUGUCGGCCAAAACCAAAGGGGGAGUUUCUGCAUUGGAUUUUCUAGUUCGGCGAACGCCCGACGUCUUGACUACCAUUCCACGUCGACUGGAUUCCGCCGUGGUAGUGGCAGAUCACGAUCCUGUUGAUCCCGACUGUGAGCUUCACUUGGAUUUCAACGUAAUUGUACCCGGUGGAGAUCAACAGCGAGUCGGUGAAUCCGGAUUUCUUAUCACUUUAGUAGCAGCGGGUCAAAGACACAUUCUUCAACAUCCUAUUAUUAGGGCCUUUUUACAUUUGAAAUGGAUCAAAAUCCGCUCUCUUUUUAUCGUCUCACUCCUUUUUCACGCUGCCUUUGUCCUCUCGUUAAGUGCCAACAUCCUUUCCAUUUACGUCAUUCAACGAAAUCGCAAUUGUUCGGUAAUCCACAAUGAUUCUUCUACCACCACCAAUGAAGAUUUAAAUUGGGAUACAACAAAUUGUCUUUACACGCAAUGGCCCUCCUGGUUAGAAGACGUCGUUAGAUACCUGAACCUGGGCUUCGGAGCACUUUCGUUAAUUAAGGAAUUUUUUCAACUGCUUCAAACGCCGAGUGAAUACGUUCGUAGCUCCGAAAACUAUAUACAAUGUUUCCUCAUUAUUGGAGUCGUAGGGAUAAAUCUGCCGAAGAAUUUCAAUCAUAACGACUGGCAGCAACAUCUCGCUGCAAUUAUAAUUGUAGUAGCUUGGAUGGAACUGAUGAUGCACGUUGGAAGAUUUCCAGUUUUCGGUCUUUACGUGCAAAUGUUUACGACCGUGGCAGCAAACAUAGCCAAGUUUCUCGCAGCAUACAUGAGCUUGAUUAUAGGAUUUUCUUUAGGAUUGUCAGUUCUUUACCCGGACACGGAAUCCCUGGCUAGUUUACCCUUUUCUUUGGUAACUACUGUAGUGAUGAUGACCGGGGAACUAGAAUACAGUAAAUACUUUUACGAAGAUCAUAGACCCGAAUACCCCAUCACGACACUCAUCGUUUUCUUAGCCUUUCUACUUUUCAUUGUCGUUGUUUUAAUGAAUUUACUCGUGGGUCUAGCAGUCUCUGACAUUCAAGGACUCCGAAAAUCAGCCGGAUUGGAUCGCUUAGUUAGACAAACCCGUUUGAUUGCGCGCAUGGAGAGCAUUGUUUUUUCUCCUUGGUUAAACCAACUGCCAUGCUGGUUUGAUACACGUACUCGGAAGUUUCUCCAACGAAAAAUUCUUGUUGUCCCUCCGUCCCAUCACCGGGUUUACAUCGUAAGACCCAAUGAUCCACGCGACAAUCGUUUCCCUCCUGAUAUCAAAGAAAAUAUUUUGAAAAUUCUUGUCUCAAAACCCAAUAAGAAGUCGUACCACGAACUUUAUCGCACCAAUAUAGAACAUCAAUCUUCUUUGACUGAAGAGUUAUUUGACGAGGUAAUACAAAAUGUCCAUAGUCUUUGUCAUAACUGUGUUUCCCAAGUAGUCAUAAUGAAUAGUUCGAUGGAGAAUCGUUUCUCAAAACUAGAGAAUCAAUGGAUUGCUACUAAAAAACAGUUCGAUAUCUUAAUAGAACUAUUGACUGAAAAACCUUUAACACACCCUUCUUCCAACACAUCAUAAACAUUUUCAAAUUCACUUUCCUAAUCAGAAAAACGCAUGUAAAAAUUAACGUAAGUAUAUUUAUGAACUGAAUCAGCAGAGUGGUCUAACAAUUAAUCCUAAAUAAAUCUCUUUAAUCAUUAUUUCAUCAAUAGAAAUAUCAAAUUCUAGUCUGUUGUUCGAUCCGGUUCGAUCAAUGAGUCGUUUGUCUUCAUAUAUAUGGAAUACCAUUCAUUUUUAAAGAGGGUUAUUUGAAAUUGGGAACUUCUAAACCGUGCAUAACUGAAAAACAAAUAACAAGAUAACUCCUCCUUCUUCAACAACUUAUCAUCUGAAACGGUUUCUCAAAUUUUCGUGUUUAGCGCCUUAAAACGACGUUGCCGCAUGAAAACUGUGCUUCAAACAAAUUAAGUUGUCUUGACAAUCAAUAUUUAAAAAACGUAAGCCAUUUAGACAACCAACCUAGGUUUAAUGGCUCUGGUUAGGCGUUAAGCUAUAAAUGUCUCUUUACUGGAUAUAACAUCUGAAACACUAAAAUUGUUUUUCGGAUACUAUACAGCAUCGUUUCUCCAGUCCCGCUAUUUCGCUGGAAUUUUAAUAUUUGUCUUUAAGCUCGUUAACGAUUUCCAACACGAAAUACCCUUAGUUUGUUCAAAUUUUAGCCAUUUUACCCGCAAUUGUUUAAUCGAUUUUUCGCAUUUCUUUAAAAAACAUAUUUAUACGUAGUUUUUAGUUUUCUACUCAUUUCCAUGUUUCAACUGGUGCGAUUUUUGCUCUGUUUGCAAAGUUUAGAAGGUUCAAACCACUUAUGUUUUUUUUUAACAUUGAACAUUCAUUGAUGUUGGUCUAUUUCUAAACAAGCGUACGCUGGGUUUUUGGGUGUUUCGUAAUCUGUAUUGCAAUCUGUAUACAUAUAAUCUAAAAUACACAUUUAAAAUAA